UUUUAUGGGAGAUUUUUGGGGAAAAAAGGGAUAUGAAGAAGAAUAUAUGAAGAACAAGGAUAUAGGAAAGCAUGGAAGCCCUUUUUUCCGGUUUUUUUUGCGUGUAUUUUCGCCAAAUAUAGCGGUUUUAGCAUCAAGCGAUGCUAAUGAAUUAGCGUUGGCUAAAGGAUUUAAAUGUGUGCAUGAAAUGUUAUCAUUAUUUGAGGAAAAUAGAGGGGAAACGGUAGUGAUUCGAAAUUUUGAAAAAAAAGAGCGACAUGAGGGGUUUGGGGUGCAUUUUGUUCCAUUAGAACGGUUAUUAAAUGAUAAGGAAAUAAAAGAGGAGAUUAAGUCAAUAGAAGAAGAAACGGGAUGGAUAGAAGAGAGGGUUUCUGAAUAUAUGAGUAGAAUUGAUAGUGAGGAGAGAAAAGAGGGAGAAAAAGAAGAAGGAGAGGUAAUAGAAGAAAAUCAAAAAGAAAUAGAAAAAAUGUAUGAAAAUAAGGAGAAUGAUAAGGAAUUGAAUGAGAUAAGAUCCACGUUUAAUUUUUAUUGUCGUUUACUAGCGUCAUUUCCACCAUCGGUGCAUGAAUUUUUUAGUCAUCCUAUUGCAUGUGUAUUUGCGAUAUCAUCAUAUAGUUUGAAACCGUUAGAAUUGCUUGAGAGUUUACAAUUACAUCAACCGAUGCUUCCAUAUAUUGAAUUUAGUUAUUUACCGACAUGUCUUUUUUUACAUGAUGAUAGUCAUGAUCUUGAAAAAUCAUUAAAAGUAUUUGAAAGUAUUAAACAAACAUUUGGGGACCAUUCAUAUCUUAUUAGAUUGUCACCGGUGAAAGAAUGUCUAGAUAAGUCAGAAGAAGGGUAUAUACGAGUAGCAAAAGACCCAUGGAACAUAUUAUUUGACAAGACUAAAGAUGAUUUUUAUGUUUUAAGCGAGAAAGAUGUUACAGCUAUUCGUACAUUUGUUAAAGAAUUGAUAUCUACAAGUAUUAUACCAGUUAUGGAACAAUCAAUUGAUUUAUGGAAUGAACAAGUUGCAUCAUCUCGUAGAGGAAUUGCAGGAAAACUUUUGAAUGUUUCUAAACGUUAUUUCAGUACUAAUACUACACGCAAUCAAUCUUCUUUUUAUAAUAAUAGUAAUUAUAAUGUUAAAACAUCGACCUAUGCUUUAACUUCACCUGAAGCACGGCUUAGGAAGCUUGCAGAUUAUGCAUUUAUGCUGCGUGAUUGGAAAUUUGCACAAUCUAUAUAUGAACUUUUAAAAAAAGAUUUUUUUAAUGAUAAAGCAUGGAAAUAUUAUGCAGGUGCACAGGAAAUGUUGACUCUAUGUUCACUUUUUCCAUCACAUACGACAAAAAUCAAAAUUGAAGCAAUUGACUCAAUGUUAAACGCUUCAUUAUAUUCUUAUUUAUUAGAAUCUUCUUCACCUUUCUUUGCUUUACGAUCUAUAACAUUUGCUUCUGAAUUGAUGUUUCUACACUCUAAUGAGGCAAAAAACAAUGCUGCUAAAUGGCUAAUAAAAAUUCUUGAAACUGGUAUCCUUGGAAACACUAUUACUGCACUUGUAAUUGAGCGUAUUUCUUAUUAUUUCGAAAGUAUAAAACCAUACGGUCUAUCUUCUUAUGGAUCUCGUCGUAAAAAGGCUGCUUUUUGGAAAAUUCUUGCCACUGAAGCUUGGUUAGCUCUUGGCAAAAAAAAUUUGGCUCAGCAUUCCUUUCUUCAGGCAAUGUCUGUUUAUAAAAACAUUCAAUGGGACGAGAUAAACAAAUUUACUGCUAUUCUCUAUCAUCAAAUAUAUACUUAAUCCUAUUCUCUCUGAUAUCUUUGCUACCAUCAUUUCUACCAAUUUU